AAGGGGACAAGUAUUUGCCAAAGUGGCAGACGUUCUCAUACAAUCUUGGAUGCUCCUAUCCUCUCUCUUUAGCCCACCGGGCGAGCAAACCUCCGGAUCCACGGAAGAUCGGCUAUGUUGUUCCCCACCGACAGUGUUUCUCUUCUCCCUGAAGGCUUCUGUGUGGAUUCAGUGUUUCAAGCUGCUUCAGUGCCUGCUUCCUGACCAAGAACGAGCAUAGACAAGAAGUUCUGUUGGGGUUGAUGGUUCCGACCUUCUGAGAGGAGAAGGAGGAAGAAGAAGAGGGAAAGAUGAGUCGAAUCCUCUCGCCGGUAGCGGACUCUAAGUCGGUAAAAAUGAUCGUGUCCACCCUCGUCUUGAUGGUCGCAUCUUUCUACAUCGGAACACUGUUCGGCGACAAGGAGCUGGUCUUCGUCGAGGACCCUUCCGCACCCCCUGGAGGUCUCAAGUUUUACAACAAAGUUGCUCUCUCAUUUAGAGAAACUCCAGUUAUGAUUCCAGAAGCUGGGAUGAACGUAUGCCCUUUGAUCUAUAAUGAGUACAUACCUUGUCAUGAUAUGUCAUUUAUUGGAACUCUGCUGCCAAAAUUAAAUUUAACAAGGAAGGAGGAACUUGAAAGACAUUGUCCUCCUCUAGGAAAGCGAUUAUUUUGUUUGAUCCCUCCUCCUAAGGAUUACAAAAUCCCAUUAAGGUGGCCGAUCAGUAGAGAUUAUAUUUGGCGUAGCAAUGUAAAUCAUUCACAUCUUGCUGAGGUCAAAGGUGGACAAAAUUGGGUCCAUGAGAAAGGAAACUUAUGGUGGUUCCCUGGGGGUGGCACACAUUUUAAGCAUGGUGCUCCAGAGUAUAUCCAGAGAUUAGGAAACAUGACUACCCAUGAGAAAGGUGAUCUGCGAGAUGCUGGAGUAUUCCAAGUCCUGGAUGUUGGAUGCGGUGUUGCAAGCUUUUCGGCCUUCUUGCUUCCAAUGGGUAUACAAACAAUGUCAUUUGCACCCAAAGAUGGCCAUGAGAAUCAGAUACAAUUUGCUCUAGAACGAGGAAUUGGUGCUAUGGUUGCCGCACUGGCCACAAAACAACUUCCUUUUCCAAGCAAUUCUUUUGAAAUGGUUCACUGUUCCCGUUGUCGUGUCGAUUGGCAUGAGAAUGAUGGUAUUCUACUCAAAGAAGUUGACAGACUCCUGCGACCUAAUGGCUACUUCGUUUACUCAGCUCCCCCUGCUUACAGGAAGGAUAAGGAUUUCCCAGUGGUAUGGGAGAAGCUGGUCUACCUGACAACAGCGCUAUGUUGGAAACUUAUAGCUCAGCAGGUGCAAACUGCUAUUUGGAUCAAAGAAGCAAAUCAGUCAUGUCAGCUAGAACAUGCAAAGGAGAAAACUUUGAAUUUAUGCACUUCAAAGGAUGACACUAGUCCAUCUUGGCAAGCACCAAUAAAAGAUUGCGUUAAUCUUAGUCCAAGAGCUGAAGACAUUAACAAGCUCCCUCCAGGACCAGAACGUCUUUUGUUAUAUUCUAGGAGUUUGGAGACAACAGGCAUUACUUCAGACAUGUUUAGAUUGAAUACCAUGUUUUGGCAAGAACAAGUAGCCCAGUAUGAGCAGCUGAUGGGGAUCAACUUCACAGAAAUAAGGAAUGUCAUGGACAUGAAUGCUUACUGUGGUGGAUUUGCAGUUGCUUUAAGUAAACGACCUCUAUGGGUUAUGAAUGUAGUUCCUGCCAGUAUGAACAACACACUAGCUGCAAUAUAUGACCGUGGACUGAUUGGUUCCUUCCACGAUUGGUGUGAGCCUUUUUCCACAUACCCAAGAACGUAUGAUUUGUUGCAUGCUUCUCACCUUUUCUCACAUUAUAAGAGCCGAGGUGAAGGUUGUCUGAUGGAAGAUCUUAUGCUUGAGAUGGAUAGGAUUAUCCGACCUCAGGGCAUCAUUGUCAUCAGAGAUGAAAGCAUCCUUGUGUCAAGGGUCAAAAGUCUAGCUACAAAGUUCUUUUGGGAUGCUGAAUCACAUGUUCUGCUGGACGAAAAUGGCAACAAAGAAGAUGUACUCAUAUGCAGAAAGAAAUUUUGGGCAAUUUCUUGAAUAUACAUUAUUGCUAUUUGGUUAUUCUCCUACGGCCAUCCAGAGAAAAGAUGGCUCUGUAAUUCAUUCUAGCUAGCUAUUUUUUUGAAUUUUCAA